AUGAAACUGGCUGGUAUGCUGAUGAUGGCGGCGGUGGCAGCGGCUGCCCCUCAGUUUGAAUUAGGCGACCAGCAACAGCUCAUCAGUGGCCAGCCAUUGAUUCGGAUCAUCAGUCAGAAAUAUGAACAGGAUCCAGUCGGAAACUACGAGUACUUCUAUGAACAGGACGACGGACAAAGGAUGUUGGAGGCCGGCCGGGUUCAGCCUGGACCUCAGCCCGAAACCGGAAGCCUUGAGCAGCAAGGUUACUACGAGUACAUCGGCGAUGACGGCAACACCUACCGCGUCGACUACUUGGCCAACGAGGGAGGUUUUCAGCCUCGUGCUCCGCAUCUGCCGCAGGCGCCGGCUCAGAUUCCCGAGUACGCCCAGCUGAGGCAGGAGCACCCAGAGCUGUUCUGGGCUGAGAACCAGGGCGUCAUCUUCAACGACCAGCAGUUCGUUCAGCAGCAGCAGUUUUCUCAGCCUCAGCAAGAUUUCAGCCAGUCUCAGUUGUUUGACCAGCCCCAGCAGCUGGUCCAGCAGGAUCUCCUCCAGCCUCAGCAGGUUGUUCAGCAGGAUGUCAGCCAGGCUCAGCAGUUCACGCAGGAGUCCAGCCAGUCGCCGGAAAACACCAACGUCCCACAGCAGUUCAUAAGCCCGCAGUCGAGCGGAAAACAGCAGUUCGGUGGCAGCGGCGCCGACGUGCCAGUAAUUUUGCUCUGA